AUGAGUGUGAGUUCGUCGAGGUAUCCUCUUAUUCGAAUCAGCAAAACCGGCGAAAUGCGGUUGAGGAAUAAGGUCGGUCAAGCAAUACUCAAGGAGAACGCGUACGAAGACCGAGCUUUGAACACGCGACUCGACACUUUAUCGAAACACCAAUUCAGACAAGAUAAGUACAUGACUUACAGGCAGUUAGAGUUUGCCACGAAGCAGGUUUCCGCUUCUGAAGAAAGACCUCGGACGCUGAGCAACGAGAGCAAGCAUUCAUCACAAUCCACCGAGCAGAGUUUACCUCCGAUAGACUCUCGACGUAGAUCGAACAUCAUCGCUCCGAAUCUGGAUGAAAAACGUAUGAGUCAUUCCGAGGAGGUGAGUGGAAAUUACAAAGCGAAAGGACGCUGGGAAAAAGCUAUAACUCUAGUGCGAAUAGCGGUACAGAACAGACCAGUAAAAGAGGCAAAUACUAAGGCAACGGGCAGGACAAGGAAAGCAAGUAAAACGCAAGCUCCUGAAGUGCAAUCAGAGAAGGAGUUUGACGACACAAAUCAGUUACCACCUAUAAACUGUAAAGAAGGAAUGCUCGGAGAUCAGCCGUGUUCAAGGAAAAGGCCAAUUCGAAAACAACCGAGCUUGCCCGAAAUGUUAAAAGUUUCUAGAGAAAAAUCGCAAAGUUGCCUCGCAGAUCCGAGGUUUAUGAAACUUGAGCAGUGUCUUAGCGAGACGAAGAAUUUUCAAGAAGGCAAGCAAAGUAGAAAUUCAAGAACAAAUGCAUGGGAUAGAAUUCCUUUUACGCGCUAA